AUGGAAGAUCUUGAAUUUUUAACGCUAAAAAUUCUAAAAUCUGCUGAAACUUUUACAUCAAAUGAUUUUAUUAAAGCAUAUAAUAUUAUUUAUUUACACUGUACAGAAAAAACACCAACAUACGAAAUUAAGGGAAUUGUAAUUUAUCAAGUACUUAAAGAUAUUUUAGCCAAUUAUUUUGAUUCUUUGAGACCUGUUACAUCGUUAAAGGGAUUUUUUAAUCUAUGUCAAAACCUAGAAAAAAGUUAUUUUUUAUUAGAACGUGUAUAUUUCUACCUAGAACGAUUUUUUAUUAACGUUAAUUGCAAUAAAAAUGAAAGUGAUAUAAUGCACAUCCGUACAUUAUAUUAUUCUUUAUUUUAUAAAAAAUAUUUUUAUGCAAGUAUUUCAACCUUAGAAGAAUAUUUUUUUUUCGAAUUACAUGCAUUAAGGGAAUCUUAUUAUAAAAAAGAGACUUAUGAAAAUAUAAACGAAUUAUGUAAAACAGUUUGCUAUCUAAGAAAUAUUUAUUUUUACAGUGAAAAUCAUGAAGAAUAUAUUUGUUUUCUUGAUAAAUAUUAUAACUCGUUUACUCAAACAUCUGAUGUUUGUGAAAUUAAUAAAUUAGUAAGAAAAACCAAUGUUGAAUUAAAGAUUGCUAAAUUAUUGUUUGAUUUUUCAAGUAAAGAAUCUUAUUAUGAAAUUACAAAAUUUAUUGCAAAAAAAUUUAAACGACUUUUAGAUUGGAUUUUUUAUGACGAACAGCCAGACAAUUUAGCUACAGACAUUUAUAAAAUACCGAAAUUUUUUGGUAGAUUUAAAAAGAUAGAAAAUAUUUUACAUUUUAUGGAAGAUAUUUACUGCACUACUUUUUUAUUAAGAGUUGAACCACAUUUAUUACAAUGUUUAGAUAAUUUAAAAGAUUUAGAAUCAAUUUUUGGUUUUUAUAUUGAAUUUCGCAAUACUUUUAUUAGUGAUAGCAUAAACAUCGAAAGUUUAGAAGAUAUUUUUUUGAAAAAAAUUGUUGAAAAAAUUCAGGAUUUAGAAAAUGUUCCAGAUUUUUUUGCUAGAUUAAUAAGAGAAAUUAGUUUUAAAACACAAAAUUGUGAAUCUUUAAUUAAUAAUAUUUUUAUUCUUAUAAAUAAAAUUGAACAAAAAGCUUUGAUUAUUAAAAAAUUAAGCCAUGAAUGUCUUGAAAGAAUCAUUAAUGACAGGACUGAUUUAAAUAAAGAAAUGAGAAUUUUUAGAUACUGUAAAUUUCAUUGUGGAUCAUCUGGCAUUUCUUGGCUUAAUUUGAUUUUACAGGCAUACGGUCUGCCAAUUACUGAGAAUUUUGGACUCGGCGGGCAAGAAUUUGAUUUUAAUACAAAUUUACAUUUGAUUACAAAAGGAUUUUGUAAUUUAGAAGUUAUGACUUGUAAUUUACAUCCAAAACUUACAAAUUUGUGCGAUAUUUUAUUAAAGCGUUUUCAUGUAAAAUAUCCUAGAUCAGACAUCAAUUGUUGUUACAAAGCUUCUUCGUUAAUAAUUGAGAUUCACAACAUAGACAUAAAAUUAAGUACAGAUAAAGUGUCACUAUUAAUGUAUUUGAUGGAUGAACCAGAUCUUAAAGUUUUAAAAGCGGUUAGUAAAGAUUCUUGUUUUUAUGAAAAUAUUGAUUUUUUAGAAAAAUGCGGACUUAUUAUUGUUAAAGAUAAUUAUGGAUAUGUAAAUCCAAAUCGAAAUGAUGUCAUCAAUAAAUGUUUACAAAUAAAGGAAAAUGAAACUUAUGAUUUACAAAAUUACAGAAGUGACAACACAAAAUAUAAAAGUUAUAGAAGAGAAGGCUCAAACACAUUCAUAGAUUUAUUUUAUUAUAAAAUACCAGAAAAGAACAGAAUUGUAAAUUGUAAAAAUAAUGAUUUAGGAUUAGAUUAUGCUGUAGAAUCAUUUAUUAUGAAAUUAAUGAAAAAAUUAAAAAUUGCUAAAAUUUCUUUUGUAGAAUCAGAAGUAAAGAAAAAAUUCAAAUUUUUUACUCAGUUUAGUGAUACAAUCAAACAUUUGGUAACAAAAGAUUUUCUAGAUAUUAAGGAUGAUGAUGUCAUAUAUUUACCAUAA